UCAGGGCAGUAGAACAUAUUUUAAUCAAUGCCCCUUGAUAAAAGAGCUUGAUUCCAGCUACUGCACUUCCUUCAUCAGCUCUCCACUGAUGCCUGGAGCCAUGAAAAUAUUUUUCUUUAUUUUUGCUGCUCUCAUUCUUCUUGCUCAAAUUUUCCAAGCCAGGACAGCAAUUCAUAGAGCACUAAUUUGUAAGAGAAUGGAAGGUCACUGUGAAGCUGAAUGUCUUACCUUUGAAGUAAAGAUUGGGGGCUGUAGAGCUGAAUUAGCACCAUUUUGCUGCAAAAACAGAAAGAAACAUUAAAAACUAAGCACCAGCUGCAAGAAAGAAAGAGGUGAAGUUCUCUGGCUGCGAUAUCAGUGGGAUAAAUCUCUCUGGACCGUCUCUCUU